UGCAGCAGAAGCACGCAUUUCUUGUUGUGAGUGUACUGUUCUAUAGUGGAAUUCAAAAGUUUUUGGAGUGUCUAUCAAAUAUUCAAAGUGCAACAACAAAAGCAGUGAUGUUGAAAUAACGGUUAGUUUGGGAAAUACGGUAUUGAUUAUCCAGUCAGUCCAAGCAAAUGAAUCAGUGGUAGAUCGAUAACAAGUGCGGGUGUUGUCUACCAAGAAAAAAGUUUAAUCCUAGCUCAUUCAUAUUCAACUCGCUCAGCCAAACUACGUGACGGUGCUGCAAAUUGAAAGAAAUGUUCACUACAUAGGUGUGCAAUACCUAAACGCAAAAAAAAAUAUAAACGAACAAGUGUAUAUAAUCCUCUGUGUGUUGCCCGGGUCCAUGAUGGAAGCUCGUGCAGGGGCGUGAUUUAAUUUCAGACAACCAUUAUUAAACCCCCCGAGUGAACGAGCUUUGCUGUUUCAACUUCGGGCUUGGCCGAGCGGUGAGGUUUUCUGCACAUCAAAAGAUCCUCCCGGUCGAAGGUCGAACGCGGUACAGACGGAUUUUAAUCGAACGGAGCGGCCUCUGCAACCUGUGAUCAACGAUUUGCAAUCCGGCUCGUGCGUAUCGAAGGCAAAAUAAUAGAAGCUUGUGAAACUGUUUUCGAAGCUGCGUAUCGCCAUGAAUACGCUGUACCUCGUAUACGUGCCACAUACGGUGGAAUACACACCUGCUGUCCAGUUUUCUACGCUCGAGUAUGCCACCGUAGAAAUCGUUAACGACAUCGUUCGAGGUCCUUCGAGCGAUGACAAGCCUGUUGCGCCCAGCGAAGAACUCAACGACGAGAAUGCGGUCCAACAGCUGAAAUGGGCAGCCAGGAGAACUCUGCGUGAUGGCAGCUUCAGCGCAGAGGAAAACGAAUCGCUUGAACGUGGGGAAAGUCAUCCAGAUUCCAUAAUGUCUCAAAAGUGGCUUGUCAAAGAUAGUUUCAUCACUAACACUGAGAACAUCACGAAGUUCCCAAGUUGCAAUCAACAUUUACACCCAUCGUUGGAAUCCUUCUGCUCGUCGAGACGCCAAGCAAACGUCCUUCAGGACACAAUUAUUGAAGACUCUACCUCCAGUAUCGACGAAGGGAUCGGACUUAGUGCUACGGAUGAUUCCGGCGACGAUCAAAGUUCGCCCGAUAGCAAUAAUAACAACAACAGACACACCGAUGACGACAAAUCCGGCUUUCACGGGCACCUUUCCGCCGACGACGAGGCGAACUACAACGGGAGGGACAUUAAUUCAGCGCUUAUCAAGAACAAGAAAAAGCGGAAGGCCAUCAGCCAUAAAUCAUACAAAUGCGAAAUCUGCGAGGAAAUGUUUUCGAAGAAAAAACUGCUCCGGGAGCAUCUAAACACGCAACAUCCGGGCCAGAACUCGAACCGUUGUCACAUCUGCGGCAAGACGUUUAAGCUGCGAUCCAAUCUGAGGCAGCACUCCAGAAUCCACACCGGCGAGCGACCUUUCCGUUGCGACAUCUGUGGGAAAACUUUCGUACAGGGUAGCGCAUUAACUGUGCAUAAAGAGCUUCAUAAAGAGAAAAAAGAGUACAAGUGUGACGUAUGCAAGAAGGACUUCAAGUCGAAGUUUGCAUUUAAGAAACACGAAAAAGUGCAUAAAGGACUGCGACCAUUUAUCUGUGAUGUGUGUGGGAAAUCAUUUACACAAUCGUGUAAUUUGAAAGCACAUCUACAGUUGCAUAGUGGAAACCACGCUUUCAAGUGUUCCACAUGUUUCAAAACAUUCCGCUUCAAGUCCCACUACAAGGACCAUCUUAUGACACAUACCAAGGAUAAAAAGUAUUCCUGCACAAAGUGCGGCCGUAAUUUCGCAUACAAAAAUUCCUACCAGCGCCAUAUGCAGCACAUCCAUAGGGACGAAGCACACCAUCAGUGUAAUAUUUGUAGUAAAACUUUUGUGAAACUUAGUCACCUUACCUUCCACAAAAAGUCCCACCGCAAGGGCAGCUCGUUAAUAUGUGAAAUUUGCGGUUCGCUUUUCGAGAAGGAAAGUACCUUAACUAAUCAUUACCAAACUACACACAUGAAGCUCUUUAAAUGUGUCAUAUGUACCAAGUCGUUCAAGGAGGAAAGCGAACUGACAAAACACUUUAAACUGCAUGAAGCGAACGACUGUCCGUUCCAGUGUGGGAUGUGUGGGAUCCUAAACCUGAGCCAAGCGUAAGGAUAAUUAGCACAAAGGGUUCGGGACUUUUACACACGCGUCGCAUCGUGCUGCCCCCGGUUCAUUAUGCAUUCCUAGAUAAGCAAAGGAAAAGCGUUGUGAUAUGUACAAAUAUAUAGGAGUUGUCUUGUGUUGUACAACAUUUAGAUUAGGAUAAGAUUAGUUUUAAUUAUGCGUUCCCAAAAGGAUACAGGAUCCACUCCAACAGUAGGAAACGAGACAAAAGACAAACGCUUAGUAUAAAGUUGCUCUUUCGGAGUAAUAAUUUCAUAAAUUUAAAUUACAAUAAAA